CGUAUUACGCUAAGUGUUUGUAAUAAGUUAUAAAAUUAGGAAAAUAAAUUAAACUUUUAGUAUUUUAAUUUAUUUCCUUCGCAAAAAAAUAUAUUUUUUCUUUUUCUGUAUUUAAACUAACAUAUAUAAGUGAUCAGUAGGAAAUAUUUGAAAAUUGUAUUAUAUGUUGGCACAACUGAAUUUCUAUCAGUUCUAUAACCUCAAAUGCUUGCGCACGUGUUACUGCAUUUUGAUUGUUUAUGAUAGCCAAGGAUGCAUGUGUAUAAAAUUGUGUGAAAGUUUUAUUAUAAAUAAUAGAUAGUAUAUAAAUCAAUAAAUUAAAAAUAAUGUCACCAGUGAUUGAUAAUGAAAUUACAGAAACAAUGAGUUACAGUAGUGAACGAAAGAAACGAAAGAAACAUUCAAUAACAUCAAAUAAUAAUAUAACUUUGGAAAAUGAUGAACUUAAUAAUUCUAUUGAAACUGAUCAAAAUCAUGAUAAAAAUUGUGUUAAAGAACAUAAAAAGAAACGAAGUAAGCUUUCAUUAACACAUUCUAAUGAUAUAACAACAGAGAGUGACUGUAAUACUACUUUGAUUGAAACCGAAGGAAAUCAGGGUGAGAGUCCUAGUAAGGAACAUAAAAAGAAACGAGGUAAGCUUUCAUUAACACUUUCUAAUGGUAUAACAACAGAGAGUGACUGUAAUACUACUUUGAUUGAGACCGUAGGAAAUCAGGCUGAGAGUCCUAGAAAGGAGCAUAAAAAGAAACGACGUAGCCUUACAACAACAUUUUCUAAUGAUAAAACUGUAGAGAAUGAUAAUAAUAUUACUUUGAUUGAAGCUGAAAAAAAUCAAGAUGAGAGUCCUGUUAAUGAACGUAAAAAGAAGCGUAGUAAGCUCUCAUUAACACCUAUGAAUGGUAUAACUUUAGAGAAUGACAAUAAUGUUACUUCAAUUGAGACCAAAGGAAAUCAAAAUGAAAGUCCAGUUAAGGAACAUAAAAGAAAACGAAGUAAGCUUUCAUUAACACCUAUUAAUGGUAUAACCCCGGAGAGUGAUAAUAAUACUACUUCGAUUGAAACCGAAAGAAAUCAAAAUGAGAGUCCAGUUAAGGAACAUAAAAAGAAGCGUAGUAAGCUUUCAUUAACACCUAUGGAUGGUAUAACAACGGAGAGUGAUUAUAAUACUACUUCAAUUGAGACUGAGAGAAAUCAAAAUGAGAGUCCUGUUAAGGAACAUAAAAAGAAACGUAGUAAGCUUUCAUUAACACCUAUGAAUGGUAUAACAACGGAGAGUGACAAUAAUACUACUUUUAUUGAGGCAGAAACAAAUCAAAAUGAGAGUCCUGUUAAGAAACAUAAAAAGAAACGUAGUAAGCUUUCAUUAACACCUAUGAAUGGUAUAACAACGGAGAGUGACAAUAAUACUACUUUGAUUGAGGCAGAAACAAAUCAGGAUGAGAGUAUCAGUCAAUCUAAAAAGAAACGACGUAAGCUUUCAAUAACACCUAAUGAUAUAACUGUAGAAAAUGAUAAUAAUGUCUCUCCUAUUGAGACUGAAGAAAAUCAAGAUAAGAGUCCUGUUAAAGAACCUAAAAAGAAACGAAGUAAGCUUUCAAUAACACCUACUAAUGAUAUAACCAAGGAAAAUGAUAAUAAUACUACUUUGAUUGAUACCAAAGAAAAUCAAGAUAAGAGUCCUGUUAAAGAACCUAAAAAGAAACGAAGUAAGCUUUCAAUAACAUCUACGAAUGAUGUAACCAUAGAGAAUGAUAAUAACACCUCUAUCGAAGACGAAGAAGAGGAAGAUGAGAAUUCAGAAAAAAAAUCUGGCAAAAUUAAUGUUAAAGGAUUAUCUGGGAAAUACUUUAGAAAAGCUUUCGUUUCUCCCCAUGGUUUCGACGAAUUAAAAACUUUCGUAACUGUCUGUACAGAAAAUAAAAAGAAAGAUUUAGCUUCUGAAUAUUUAUCCGCUGGUGGAAAUAUUCUUGAAGUAUUAAGAUUGCUGGAUAGCUCUGAUAAAAAGAAUACAACUAAAGCUAGUGUCGUGUUUUCGGCGAUAAAUAUUUUGAUUAUGAAGAUUUUGGCCGAUUUUCCACAAUAUUUGUCGAGCGCUGAAGAGGCGUGUCGUCAUUUUAUUAAUUCACAUAUGUCUUCUGUACAUUCCAUGUUAUCUGCUCAAAGUAGCGCUAAGCAACGUAAAGUAGUAUUGAAAUUGCUCACAGCAAUCGUAUCCUUGGGUGGAGCUCUUCCACGAGAAUUGAUAGCUCAUUUACCUGUUCAACCGAAAGCUAUAGAAAUGCUUGUACAACACGCAAAACCAUCAGAUUCACAAAAUGUAAGAACAUGCUACAUUCAUUUCAUCCUUUCAUUCUUAAUAGAAGGAAAUGUUGCAGUUAUUAGAUCAUUAAUAGAUAAACGUGAAGUACUUACCAGCAUUUUUCCUGGAUUGAUUUACGAUAAACAAGAGAUUAUCAAUUUAUUAUUAGUUAGUUUAAAAAAAUAUAUAUUGGAAAACCCUGGAAUUAGUAAGACAUUGAAAUUGUAUGUUUUCUCAACACCCGUUGUUCAAAGUUUGAUUUCUCUUUAUAAUUGGAAGGGACCAACUAAUUGGUCUAGAGGAAAAAGUAGUAAAACUGCUAUUACUAAUGUUCCUGCGGACCAAAAAGAACUUGUUACUGAUAUAUUACAUGAUUUUUUAAUCACUUUACUCACAUCUCAUAGACAUGGUAUAAUUUUUCAUGAUCGUACCAUUGGUACUUCACGCGAGAAACAUAAUCAAUUGAUAAAUACUGUUCUUGAGAGUUUAGAACGCCCUUGGGAAUAUGCAAAGCCAUCGGAUUUAAUUGUUAAAAUAAUGGCUUGUUGUCCAAGUCUCAUCCGAUCACAGUUACUCUACUUAGAAUCUUAUCUGGAACCUAGACUCUCCAAAAAGUGGAUUACUGUUAUGACAUUUAUAAAACAGAUCAUUGAAACGGUAGAUAUGGAUGUAUGUAUAAAAACAUGUUCCCCUGAAUUAAAUACAGUUCAAUUAACCAACGCAAUAGGAUCAUUGUGCGUGUCACCAUUUUUAAUAAAAACUGUUAUUAUUCCAUCUUUAAAUCACUCUAGCAUAAUCAUACGUCACGAAGCUAUAGAAUUAUUAUUUUGUAUGAUCAAUCAAAUGAAAAAAUAUUUAUUAGCUGCAAAAUUCUAUAAUAAAAAUGAUCUUGAAGUAAAAAGCAGUGUGACAGAUUACAUCGUGAAGACUGUACCUAAUUUAAAUAUUAUAUUAAAAGUAUGGACUGACGCUUUUGUAAUAAACAAGGAUACAAAUAAUUUAUCGGAAGAUAAUAGUUUAUCCGAGCCAUCUAAACAAAAUCAUUUUUCUACAAUUUUAAAUGUACUUCAUACGUACAAUGACAUAUGUCCUGAACUUUUGAAUACAACGUUAGAUGUAGAACCUAAUUUAUUGUUUUCCGGAUUAAAUGAUUUGUAUGACAUAGAUGACGAAGAAUUAAUUAUAUUAAGGAUCAAAGCAAUACAAUUUCUACUUGUCUUAAAUUCAUCCGAAUUUACUCCAUCUAAAACAGCAUUUGCGGAAAUUUUCGAAUUUUUAAGUUUUCUUCUGAAUGAAAAUUCAUCAGUAAUUUGUUCAUAUGCAAAAACAACUACCAAAACUUUAUUAAAUAUAACAGGAUUGUUUGAUGAAUGUCACGAACAAUUGGAUAUAUGGAUAAAUGGUUUAUGUAAUGUAAAUAAUUCUGAGGAGAAAACGGAACUAGUAAAUUGGCUUAUUAAAAUCAUUAAAAAUACUAUUAAACAUAUGGAUAAAUAUGUAAAUAUGAUAAGUACAGCAAAAGAAGUUGCUAACGAUGGAAUAGCAAAUGAUAACGAAUUGAGUAAUACAAUCAAUGAAUCUCAUUCUAUCGAAGAUAGAAAGAACAUUGAACAAUUGUAUAUGCAAUCAGAUACAUCCAUUUUACCCAUUUUAUGUUGUGCAAUUAAUAAGUUAAAAGGGAAUUCUACUUUUGCUAUAACGCAAUAUAUGUCUUAUGUAUUAGUACAUACUCUACAUUAUCAAGUCAAUCCAGGACCAUUGAUAUCUUUGAUUACGGAUAUUCAAGAUUUGGAAGGAGGAAAAUAUUUACUCAGUUGGUGUUCUGAUAAUAAUCCUACCAGUUUACCAAAAAUAUUUUCAUCAAUGAAUACAAUGCAUAAAUUAAGUAAAGCAUUAUUGAAAGAUUCGACAAUAAAAUUGAACGAAUUGUUCACUGGAGAUAUAAAAUUAACUUUUAAUUAUGACAAUGAAGAAAUUAUAAUAAAUCACGCAUUAUCAACAUACGAAAUUAUGAUCCUUUUAAAAAUGACUAUAUUUUAUUUAACACAUGAUAUUCGUAAAAAUGAUUUUAACCAAAUGAAAUUUAAUAAUUAUAAAAGAAUGAUAAUGUGUUUGUUAAAUAUAGCAAAUACUAUACAAGAUGAAGAUAGUUCUAUGUUUGUAAAAAGUUUUGUUAAAACAAUAUUCAGUCAUCCGAUAAUUUUACAAUAUUUUUUCUUCCAUCAAGAUGACAACACUAUUGAGAUUGCGAUAACUAAUUUAAUUCUUGAUAUUUGUCAAAUAGUAAUGAAUGUAUAUAAUUUGACUAUAACUGAUUUACUUACGCCAUAUAAAAACAAGGCUAUUAUACAGAUUGAAAAAAUAGCAAAUGAAAAAACUCAUCAAUAUAAUUCGAUGUAUAAAACUAUUAUUACUUUAUUGGAACAAUUACAAUUUACUGCACAAGAUAUCGUACAUUUGUUUAUGGUAUUAACGAAAUUGGCAAAAAUUAAGUUUAUGCUUAAAGACACUUCUAAUUUAUCAAUGUGUGGAUACAUUUUUCCAAAGUUAUUGCAACUUUUGUGCAAUGAAAAUAUCAGAUGUGUUCAAUCCGAAGUAUCAAAAUUAGAUAUACAAUUUGUUAAAAAAGCAUUUACAUGUAUGAUUUUCUUGAAACAACAAAACAUAUCGGAUGUUAAUCUAUGGGAAACAGCUUUGCAAGAAUAUCUACAACAUUUUCCCCAUAAUAUUGCCGCCAUUAAUACAAAUACAUUUAAAUCCAUUUUGAAACAAAGCGUUGAUAAUAAAAAUGCAAAAUUAAUUUCAUUUUUACUCAACAAAAAUAUGAAAUUAUUAUCCACGUUCAUAAAAUAUGUUCUUGAACUUGAAAAUAUGAAAGAACACACAUAUUUGUUGUCGGUAAUAGAAAAUAAUUUGAAAUACACAUGGAAAGAAGAUUUAAUUAAAAAAUUGAGUGAUUCUUACAAGGAUGAAAUAUUACAUUACAUAUUACAUCCUGCGGAAUCUAAAAAUUGGAUAGAAGAAAAUGUUAAUGUCAUUUGUUAUAUUAUCGACAAAACAUUCGAUUUAGAAAAAUGUAAUGAAGUAUGUAAUACCAUUUUACAAAUUGGUGAUCAAUUAGAAAUGGUUCACACAUGUUACAUUCACAUAUUAAAGAGUUUGUAUUACAAAUACGCACAAUUAGAAGAAAAUCGUAAUAUUCAAAUAAUAAUGAAUCUCGUUCAAAUACUUGUUCACAUAAUUACAUUAACAUUAAAAAAGGAAUCUAAAAAUAUCGAUAAAGUAAUACUUUUGUGUGAAAAAUUGAACGAUACCAUUAAUUAUUUAAAAGAAAAGAAGAAUGAUUUUAUAUUUGAAGAUUUAAGUAUGAGUCAUUCUUGGCCACAAUUUACACGUUUUUCAUUGAAAAUAGGAUUUACGUUAACGAAGGAUAAUAAAACGUAUUUACCAAUAAUAAAAACUCUUGGCACAUUAUGCGAUGUGAUUUGUAAAAAUGAUAGCAAUAAUGAAUAUGCUAAGACGAUAUUUGAAAUGACAACUUCUCAUUCGGAAUUUGUUAAUACCAUGUUAAUGACAUCUUCCACAGUUAAAAGGGAUGUCGUACAGUUGUUGUGGAUCUUAAUUCAAAAGAAUAAAUCUUUAAUGAAAUCAUCACAUAUACCACUUUAUUUAUCAGCUUAUGGUGCAACAUUGUCUGAAACGGAUCAACUUAUUUUACUCAUAUUACAAUAUUACGAACGUAACAAGAUUAAAAUUCACGAAUACCGUCCAUAUUUGUGGGGUAAUGCAGCGGCGAUACAUUACAGCGUGAAAGGUGAUGUAAGCACUGCAAUUUGGAGGCAACCUUCUACUUAUGAAGUAUUGGGUUUAUUUGAACAAGAAAUUGUGGAGAAUACUAUCAAAUAUUAUCCGGUAAAUAGAUCAUUAGAGAGUAGUGAACUGUAUAAUGCAGGUGAUAUUUACGAUCCAGCAUUUUACUUACCUUUACUCUGCUACCUACUAUCGGAUAAUAAUAUCGUGGCAUGCUAUAAAAUAACACAGAGCGGAGCUUUGGCUCUUAUCUUAAUAGCAUGUAGUAGCAAUCACAGUGAAAUUCGUAUGGCAGCGUAUACCGCCAUUGCAAGAUAUUAUUUUCAUCUUGAAUCAUCGAGUUUCAAAGAAAAAGUUCUUUGGAUGCGACUUGUAGAUUCCUUACGUAACGGAAUAUUAACAACAAAAAACAAUUUGCAAGAUAUGCAUAUUAUUUCUUUGGUAUCUACCUUCUUAGCAAGAACAUCUAUAGUAGCUACUCAACCAUUGCAUCCAUUAUAUUUACCACUUCAUAAUUUUCUUAUGGUCAAACCAGCAUUGGAUUUGAAUACAGUACCAGAAUUAUUACAAUUGUUUCAUAGUUCUGAUGUUAAUCAUAAAGAACAUCGACAUUGGAUUUUGGAAACUAUUCGCGAUGGUAUCAAAACGGAAAAGGAUGUAGAAGUUGCAUGUAAAUGCAUGUUAUAUAAGAUGCUAUUAGACUUUUUUACAUGCUUGUUAUCUGAUACAAAAACAAAGAAACUUAUAUUAGAAGUAAUCGAAUCGAGUACAAAAAUUCCUAAAUCGUGUCUUUUACUUAUACGAGGAUACGGAUUACUUUGUUGGUUGACAGAAACUGUGUUACGAUUGAAACAUUGUGACGCUCAAUGGGUAACUCUUAUAAUUAAUAUUGUGUCAAAUAUUUUGAAAACCCUUUUGGGUGUUAAGAAAGAAUAUGAUUUUUAUAAAAUUUUGUUACUAAAGAUUCUCUUAUCUUUACAAAAACAUUUAACUCUUGGAAUAAGUAUAAGCUCGUUCGAGCAAUAUCUUAAUCUGUUACAAACAUUACUGGCAUCAAAUGAUCUUAAAAAUGUUAUAAGUAAAGAGGAUAUGGAAAGUAUAGUCGAUUUUUCCAAAAAUCUUAUUGGGAAAAUAGACGAAUGCGAAAAUAUGCUAAAUCAUGGUUGUAAAUUCGUUAAUAAGGCAGAACAUUCGAACAUGAAUGAAAACGAAUUGGAAAAAACGCGAAAAAGUAUGCAAGCGUUGGUUUGGACGUGGUUUAGAUACGGUGUAAGAUGACAUUAAUAAUAAAUUGAUUUUAAUUGUAAAUCGUGAUUACUUACCGUACUAUUGUACUGUCCUUAUUUUUAGAAUGUUUCCCUUAUU